AUGCUUAAUGGAAUGAUUAUUUCCAUUACUAGUGUAAUGUUUUUUUCUAAUAAGCUUGAUCUGUUUUGUGACCUUUUGAAAACAAUUAGAGACGCUCAGAGCCAUCACAAGUCCAAGGACAUCUGUAUUGGCAAUAUGCUCUGAUUUUACAUAAAUAGUCAAUAUUUUAAAAGUGCUUCAGUAACACCACAGCUUCCCAGCAUUGACCUAAAAUUUGAAGUAGAAUUAGAUUACGACCAUACUGACAAUGACUCUUAUGUAGAUACCCUCAUCAGUGGCUAUGAAAAAGAUUUGAAGCAAUGCCAAGAUGAUACCUCACAAUUAUUUCCUCAACCAAAAAAAGGGUAUGAAAACUACCCAAAGCAUUUAAGCGAGAACGAUAUGAUUUUAUCAGAACUGAAAAAUCUGGAAUAUCAAGAAGCCCUGAAAAGUUACUUGCUCCCUCGCCAAGAAUGAGAAUGGCUCUUUGGCUCAUUUAAUAAUACUUUUUAUUUUUUUUUUAUUUUGAAAAUUUUUCUAUUUAAUAGAAAAUUGCUAAUUUUGUUUUGUAUCAAACUGUAAAAAUUUAAUAGAAUUUAUUUAAAAUAGAAUAUUUUAUUUAUAGAAUUUAUCGAAAAAUCUCUGGUUUUUAUUUUAAUUUUUAAGUCUUACUUUGGCUCCAUGUCAAAUGAUCGUGCACUUUUUAUAAUGCGACAUUUCCUCGUGGAAAUUGGUCGAAGGUAUUUGGUGGUGAAAUAUUUGAUAAUAAACUGUUAAAAUUUGACCAAAUUGCACACUAUUAAAAAUUUCAGCCAAAUUCUCUUCGAUGAAUAAUCAAAAGUGCAGAUCAUUGGACCUGCACCCCUUACUUUAGGGGUAAUUAGAUUAUAUAGAAGAAAAAUCAAAGACAGAAAUAGUUGAAAAGCCACCAACACCUCCUCUCCAUGAUGACGAAUUUUUAUGCGACAUUUGUGGAGAUGGGGAUUACGAAGACGAUGACUUAAUAGUCAUCUGUUCAAUGUGUAAUACCGGCGUCCAUAUGAAAUGCUAUGGAAUUUUAAUUGUCCCCGAUACUGAUUGGUAUUGUAUAGCAUGCCAAGAGCGUCCAUCCAGCAGAAAUGAAAUCCGAUGUGCAUUGUGCCCAAAUAAAGGCGGAGUGAUAAAGCCCACGCUCCUCUAUACUUCUCCUCAGUCUUCAUACCCAAACUACCCCUGAACAGGAGAUUCAGAGCAGAUUUGGGCUCAUAUUUUCUGCAUUAUUCACCUAGAAAUCUCCUGCAUACAAGAUCAAGACUUAAUGUCAGAAAUCGAUCUUUCAAAAAUUGAUAAGAACCGAUUUCAGCUUAGAUGCCAAAAAUGCAAUAUAGCCCAAUGCUGCUUUAGCUCACCUGAGUUUUUUUAGUCAGCUAUAAAAAAUGUCAAACAAGCUAGAAAGGCAUUAUAUAGUCAGAGUUAGCUAAAAAUUGUACUAGGCUAUACCAAAAAUGGGGCCUGUGUACAAUGUCAUCAUGGUAGAUGCACGUUAGGGUUCCAUCCUUAUUGUGCCAAAAGCAAUUUUAUUAGUACAAGAGAUAAGACUGGAUUUGAUGAUAUGAACUGUUAUUGUGUUAAACACAGGCCACUGAAGCUAAGAAAACAUUUGGAAAGCUUAGAAAAGAAGACUGUGGAAGACAUAUUAUAUUUGGCAAGAGUUUUUGAGAAAUUUGAAGCUAGAAAAAAUAGGCAGCUGUCUGUGAAGAGGAAGAGAGUUGGAGGAGAGUUUUCUUAUGAUGAAAAAAGUGAGCUUAUAAAAAUUGUUGAAGAGAGGCUGAAGAAAGAAGAGAAAUCGGGGUUUAAAUUUAGCUUUAAUAUGUCAAAUACUCAGAAAAACCUAAUCUUCCCAUUUAAGAGCGAGGAAAACUGUCUAAUAGAUUUGUUUAUAUGAAAUAUUUUUAUAUAUAAUUAAUAGUUGCUAAACAAGAUCUCUAGAUAAUUUAAUUGAUAUAGACAGUAAGCAUCCUAAAACAUAAAUUUUAAAUUAGAUUUUCAAAUAUUUGCAAAUUGGGUUUUUAAAUCAAAAAAUAACCCUUUAUGAGCAAGAAAAAACUGUUUUUACUCUUAAAGGGGCGAGUAAGAGGGCAAGUUAAAGUGGUUAGGCCUUUAUUAUACACAGCUUUACACCCCCAAAUCAUUUUAUUAGAAAAAAUUAUGCAAGACUCUAUUGCAUUUGCUGUAAAAUUAGCAAAGCCUAUCCAUAAAUAUCUAGUAUAUUAGCAAGAAUCCUUGCUAAAUUCAAUCAAGCAUAGCAUACUUUGCCUGGCAGGAAAUUCCAAGAUUGCUAUAAAUGCUAUAACGACUCUAUCUUCCCAGUCCUUAAAGAAGAAAUUCAGCUGUUGGGUAAACCCCUAGUAAUUUAUGAGCCUAAUUUAAAAGGAAAAAAUAAACUGAAAAAAUUCAUGAAACCAAUAGGAGGAGCCAAAAGAGGGAGAAAACCGAAACAGGUCGAAAUCGGAGACCUCGUUAGCCAAGAGCUUCAUUGUGUAUGUAGGAAGCCAUUUGUUGAGGCUACACCGAAGAAAAAAAGCGAAACAGAUGAAGAAUACGAAGAAAGGAUAAAAGAGAGCCAAAUGAUUGCUUGUGACGAGUGUGGAAGUUGAUUUCAUAGUGAAUGUGUAGGACUGAAGAAGUAUGAGGUUCCAGAAACUUUUUAUUGUGUGGAGUGCUUGCCGAAAAAAGCGAAAAUAGAGAAUUAG